AUGACAGACGUUCAACAAAUGGACAAUUUUCACAUUAAGGGGCUGUAUCAAAGGCUCCAAGGCCAAUUUCCAAAAGUUGAAUGGAGGAAGUUGAUCCUAAACAAUCAGGGUGCACCCAAAUGGAAGUUCAUAUUCAGACUAGCAAUUUGUGAUAGAUUGGCAACACGAGACAGGAUUGCUCGAUGGGGGAUUAACACCACGCCACUGUGUGCAUUGUGUAAUAUCUGUAAUGAAACAGUGGAGCAUCUCCUGUUUGAAUGUGAGGUCUCUGGAAGCAUUUGGAAAAAAGUACUACGAUGGCAAACUAUACCGAGAGGGAAUAUGGUUUGGCAAAGGGAGAUACAAUGGGUAAUUAGAAAUUAUAAAGGAAGAAGUAAUGGUGCAGCAGUGUACAAAGUUGCCAUGACAGCAACUGUUUACUAUGUAUGGCAAGAGAAAUCGGAGAAUAUUUCAAUCGAAGGCAAGAUCAGUAGAUGUUAUACUACGGGUGAUCACACAAGAGACUUAUUUUCGAGCAAGCCUAAUACCAAAGCUAGCAGCAUACGUGAGGAAGUUGGACUCCUACCCAUCAUAGUGUAG